AUGCCGGCCCAACAGGAACCACAGACCAGCAUCGUUCUGCGUGAGGUCACGCCGGAGCUUUCGCGACAUAUGUUGUCGGACGUAUCGACCCUCCCUGCAGUGCAGCUGGGCGAUUUCCUUCUUCAAAUUGAGUUGGACGACCCCAAGGAGUCGGUUCGAGAAAUCGCACGAAGAGAGUUGAGAGAGACACCCGAUGUGGUAAAACCAGCUGUCGAAGACUUAAGAAGAUUGCUGGAAGAUGACAAGGAGCUACACGUACCCUUACACAGCGAAGCGUGGCUAGUUAGAUUCCUGCGCCCAUGCAAGUUCUACCCCGAAAGCGCGUACGAUCUGAUAAAACGUUACUACGCGUUUAAAGUUAAGAACCACGCCCAAUACAACGGCCUUGCUCCAAGCAAAGAGCAGAACAUAUUCAACCAGAACAUUCUGACUGUGUUGCCCACGCGGGACCAACUAGGGAGACGAGUGCUGGUACUGGAACUUGGCAAGAAAUGGAAGCACAACAAAUGUUCCCUUGACGAGGUAUUCAAGGGCUGCGUAUUGUUUCUCGAAGCGGCGAUGUUGGAGCCGGAAACACAGAUUUGCGGCGCCGUGGUGAUCUUCGACAUGGAUGGCCUGUCGAUGCAGCAAGUCUGGCAGUUCACGCCACCAUUCGCCAAGAGAAUAGUCGAUUGGCUGCAGGAGAGCAUACCGCUCCGGAUCAAAGGGCUUUACAUAAUCAACCAACCGUACAUAUUCAACAUGGUGUUCCAACUGUUCAAGCCGUUCCUCAAAGAGAAGUUGCGCUCGCGAAUAAUUUUCAUGGGCAAAGACAGAGAGCUCCUACACAAACAUAUCACACCCAAGUGCCUUCCAGAAAACUACGGGGGAACCCUCACCAUUCCACCGGUGACCGGGCCCCAGUGGUUGCAACUGUUGCUUCUCUGUGAUAAGGAAUUCAACGCUAUCAACUCUUACGGGUACAAAAAGAAG